AUGGGGCCCUGUAGAGACCCUCGCCCGGGUCCCCCAGGGACGGAGUCCCCCUCCCAGCGCCCCAAGAGGAGGAAGAAGAGAUACCUGCGGCAUGACAAGCCCCCCUACACCUACUUGGCCAUGAUCGCCUUGGUGAUCCAGGCUGCGCCCUCACGCAGGCUGAAGCUGGCCCAGAUCAUCCGUCAGGUCCAGGCCGUGUUCCCCUUCUUCAGGGACGACUAUGAGGGCUGGAAGGAUUCCAUCCGCCACAACCUCUCCUCCAAUCGAUGUUUCCACAAGGUGCCCAAGGACCCUUCGAAGCCCCAGGCCAAGGGCAACUUCUGGGCAGUUGACGUGAACCAGAUCCCGGCCGAGGCGCUGCGACUGCAGAACACGGCCCUGUGCCGGCGGUGGCAGAGCAGGGGUGCUCGCGGUGCCUUUGCCAAGGACCUGGGCCCCUACGUCCUACAUGGCCAGCCCUACCAGCCGCCAAACCCCCCGCCGGCACCCAGCGAGGGCUUCAGCAUCAAGUCCCUGAUAGGGGACCCUGAGGAGGGGCCGCCCCGGCUGCCUCCGGAGAAAAGUCCAACUGCAGCCAACACGGGGUGCACUGGGGAGUGGGAGGGGGUGCCCACUCCACCCCUGCUGUCCUCUGAGAGGCCUCUGUGGCCUCUCUGCCCACUCCCUGGGCCCAUGAGAGGCGAAGGGGAGACGUCCCAGGGUGGGACCACCCGGCCCUCAACCCUCUCUCCAGAGUCCAGGGCCUGGCCUCUCCACCUACUUCAGGGUACUCCAGACACCCGGGGACGGUCCGGUGGGGGACGCAGAGCCCCAUUUUUGGGGCAGCUGCCCACCUCCUACUUGCCCAUCUACACCCCCAAUGUGGUAAUGCCCUUGGCCCCCCUACCACCCACCUCCUGCCCCCAGUGCCCUCCUGCAGCCAGCCCAGCCUACUGGGGGGUGGCCCCUGAAGCCCGAGGGCCCCCGGGGCUGCUCUGGGAUCUAGAUGCCCUCUUCCAGGGGGUGCCUCCCAACAAGAGCAUCUAUGACGUGUGGGUCAGCCACCCUCGGGACCUGACCACCCCAGCUCCGGGCUGGCUGCUCUCCUGGUACAGCUUGUGA